AGCGCACACACGCACGCACACAAACACGCUCACUCACACACCGUCAGAGCAGAGCAGAGGAGCUCUUAUCCACAUCGGUGCCAGACGCACAGUCGACUUUUUGUUUUUGCGCGAGUUUUACUACGUUUUUGUUUAGUUUUUUUAAAUUAAGAAGAGUUAAAAGCUCACUUUGGCGUCAAAUUUGAAAGGCUUUUUAAAGUUUGUUUCCGAUUUUUCAAGACUAUUUGGAAUAUUUUCCGGAUCAAAGGUGGAUACUUCACGACGCGCAGAAGUCAUCUUGAAAAAGGUCGCCCAGGAUUGUUUCUUGUCACCGCAGCAGCUCGGAGCUCUUCAAGAAAAAUAAUUCAGUGCGACUUCGUCUGGGGUGCUUUUUUUUUAAUUGAGCCGUCCCAGAAAUGGUGGGGCACCUACAUUUACAAGCGAUGGAUGAUAGUCUGAAAGGAAAGAACCGGGAAGGGCUGCUCGACAGUCCGGAUUCGGGGCUGCCCCCCAGUCCCAGUCCGCCCUUCUGUUCACUCUCUCCGGGUCUGAUCGAGUCGCGCUCCGGGAGCUGCACGACGCCCGUCGAGAGCCAUCAUGGAUAUUAUAAAAAGGAAAGCAGAGAAGGCAAACUGCUGCCCUACCUGCUGCUGAACUCCACAGGAACAGACCCAAAGACUCGCAUGUACCCCGUGUUCUUCGGAGAAAGCAUCGAGGUCAACCCCAAACCAGAGCAGGAAAUCAAGUGCAACUCCAAGGUCAAGUACGACUCCGACAAACAUUACCGGGACGCGGUGUACUGCGCCCCCGUUCCCACGGCCACCUCCUUCAGCGAGACAGUGGUGGCGGUGCAGAACUGCACUUGGAGGAGCUACAAGUCCCAGGUGUACCUGGAGCCUCGGCAGAAGCCCAUCAGCUACCAGAGCACCACCAUCAUCUACCCGAAACACGCCAAGAACACUUACCGCACCACGCUCAACUACAACGCCAAGGGCUCCCGCCGCUGGUUUGUCUCCACAGUGCAGCUGGAGUCGAGUGAGGAUACUAGUCCCUGUAUCAUCUACACAGAGGACCUGUAGGGCCCAGACUGGGCCAGCCCACAUAGGGAGAGGGCUACCCAGUGAUCAUCUUAUUUUUAUUUUUUGGAGGACGAGGAAUUUGGGAAGGCCCAUAUUGAAAGGGAAAUACUUCAAGUGAUACCUGGAGCCCCUGAAAACCCUGCUCUGUUCAUCUUUACUCGCCAUGGAGGAAACUCUGGGAACCCUUUAGUGACAUUUCACCUGAGUGUAUUUAGACUUUCUACUGAUGCAGUCUUUAAAAAGAGAUGUGGUUCUCUGGCGGUUUAAAGCUGCACUUCAAUGGUUAAUGUCUUAUUUAAUACAAGAGCUGACAAAUUGGUGGCCUUUGCUCUCCUUCAGGUUGGAUUGUUACCUCAGUAAAGGUAACGAUCACAUGUAAAUGUCUGUGUAUGUAGAGAAAAGUCAAGAUGACACAUGUUGUGGAUUUCAGCCAAGCCUGUGCAAACACAGCCACACCAAUGCAAAGCUUUCUAAUAUGGCUUUAUUGCACUUAUUUUCUAUAUAGCACAGUCCUCUCUGUGGAGCUGGUAUUACAGGGGGGGGGGGGAUUUCAGUACUGCAUAUGAAAAAUUGGACCAAAGAUAGUUUGAACAGUUUAUCUCUUUGUAAUAACUCCACAAACUGACAGAACACUUGCUUUUUUGCUUUUGUUUUACAGUUUUAAUUAACACAUUCAAACAGCAGCUUGUCUAGUUCUAUCAAGCAUUUAACUGAACUAAACUGCACAUUGCAAGGUGUCCUGUUUAUUCAGCACGAUAACAAAAGAUUGCCUUGAAAAUAUUUGAAAAGGGGAGAUAUUCAAAGCCUCUGAAAACUUGGUUUCAAAUCUUAAGUAUUUCUCUAUAACAUUAAAUAUUCAACCGUGUUGGAUCACUACAGUUUUGUCUUUAACGCCUGUUAAACUUAACUUAAUUUGAAUACUUUGGUUAAGAUAAUGUUAUGGGUUUUGGUAAACAAGUUCUUGUUUGGUCUCUAGGAGGUGCUGAAGGGCUGCAGAGCAACAAUCAAUGAAGUUAGGAAAACAAACAUCCAUAGUUAUUAUUUAUUAAGAGUUUAACGCUUAAAAACUCAGUUAAUCUGCUUCAUCAGGACCGUGUAGGUGUAGGUCCAUAUCAUGUAUGAUUGAGAACAUACUUGUGUGUUUUCAGGGCCUUUAAGAAUGGUGGCAAUCAUUGUAUGGUUUGCUUUUUUCAAUCAGUGUAACAGUGUGUUUUUAACCUGCUUUGGACACAGGAAAGUGCCAAAAUAAUUAGACAAUAAGGGGAAAGUAUAUGACAACUUGUAACACUUCUCUGUCACAACUCUUGGUACUGAAUAAGCUGUACUGAUGCAGUGGCACUCAUUCGUCUACUUCUCCAUGAGAGUCAAAAACAAACACAAAAACAGGAACUAUUUCCAACUGCAAUUGUCUAGAUGGUUGAGUGCUACAAGCGAUCAACGUCGAACUGUUUCAACUGCCUCUCAAAAUAAGGCGGCACCAGCUAUUCGUAAAACCAUCACUAAGUUUGUGCAUGAAGUAACCAGUCGUUAGUUUCAAACUAUUGAUUUAUGAAAUCAUGCUGCACCAUUAAAACUUAAGAAUUGACUUGAGUAACAUGCAAAUCGUUUGCUAGGAAACAUCUGAAGCUCAGUCCAAUCAAAAACAUCAACGAUGUACACAUUACUGUUGCAUCACAACAAGUAUGACUUCUAAAAAUGUGUUUAGAGGGCAAAUGAUAUAUUAAACUUCACUACUAAUCUUUUGUAAAUGUAAUACUUUGUUUUGUUUAUAAGUGCGUACAUGGAGAAAUAUGUAUUUUUCAGUGUUAGUAUUCAUGCAGUAUCCAAUUAUGCUAACCUAACUAAUGUUAUUUGGUCAUUCAGUCUGACAUUAUUAACAUAACGUUUAGUAAUUUGAGGCAUGUUGUUACUUUGGUGAAAUUUUAUUUAAAAAGUGUCAGGUCAGAUGUUUCAACUAUAUUACAUAUUACUUUAGUCUUCACUCUAAAAGGUCAUAUUAGCAAGCUAACGUUAGCUUUUUCAGUUGGUUCAGUCGUAACAGUUACACCUGGCAGUUACUGGGCGUACAUAUUUAAUAACAACCAAUCUCUACAUUAUAACUAGUUUGUGUGAUGUAACCCGUUUUGAUUUAGUCUUGUGUAAAUCUCUACCUAGUAAACACUUAUUAUAAACACUUAUAUUAAAACUAGGCUUGAACUUACGAAUAGCUGGUGCAACUGAGUGUUUCAUGUUGUUUUCAGAUAUCAACAAAUUGUCAUAUUGGUCAGUUUCUGAUCCAAAGUAGCUCAAAAGCAUCAAACUCUUCUGUAAUUACCGACAUGUAAAAAGUGGAGCAGUGAAACCACAUCAGAUUUCCCUGUUGAAGAUGUAAAAUAGAUUUUUAUUGAACAUUUUCAUGACUUCUUUUUGUGUCUGUCUUAUAUUUAGAUUAUUGAACAUGGCAAAUAUUGAAACUUCAGACCUCAAAUUUUCUUAGGUAUCAGUUUUAUUUCAUUGCAAAUGUGUGUUUCUGACUUUCAGUUGAGAUCUUGAGUUUGCGGUCUUGUUAUUUUUAAAGUUUGAAACUCCCUCCAGGUAAGUGUAAGGGUGGAAGAAACGUGGAGGGCACAAAGCUGAGGUGGUGCAUCAGUACUGUAAGAUGGGUACUGGGUUUUUGAUGAGGGAACAGUAAGUAGCAAGUCAAGAGGAGAAAAGUCAGAUCUGCUCUUUCAAAAGAAAAAUUAUAGAUGAGAUGAGGAUAUUGUUCAGAAGAUGGCUUUUUAUACAAAACAGUAAAGUUCCUGGCAAGAUGAUGGAGAGUUUUGCUGUGUUGAUGGUCUGUGAAAUGUCAGAGAAUGAUGAUAUAAAGUUGGUGGGUGUCAAGUUUAAUACGUUGGUGGUUUUAUGUGAGAUACUUUUGUGUUUCCUAACACUUGAUUUUGUUACUGUAAAAUAUUUUCCUGUUGUAUAUGUGGCAUUGAGGCACUUCAUAAUUGUCUUUAUAUUUUUGUACGUCAAUCAUUGUUCCUAUUGUGAUCAAAGAAAAUAAUUUAAAAAGAUGUAUAUCCUAAUUGAAUAAAAAAAAGCAAUUCCCAAAACCUAA